CACGGGUCCCCCCGCCAAGGGGCGAAAGUGGGGCCGACGGCUGUCGCCAGCGGGCACAGACUUGACGACACCUUGAAGCCGUGGACGCGGGAAGAGAUGAGGGUGGAGUUCAGCCCGUCUGGCCUGUCUGCCCUCCCGGGGGUCUCCAGCGAGUUGGAGGAGGCGGGGUCUGGUCGUCGGCGGGAGCCAGGCUGUUGUCUCCCUCCCCCGGAAAGGUAGGGGGCAGGGAUCCAGUGAGCUUCCUCUCACCGGCUAGGGCUGUUCCGUGGGCCCGGGCCAUGACUACAUUACACAGAGGCCUUGUCUCGGGGCAGACUCCUGGCUCCGGAGGCGGGGGGUGUCUCGUCUACACCGGAAGAGCUGCGAUUCACGCUGAGAAAACAGACCCCGGAGGACCAGGCUGCCGAGCGGGGAUUUGCAUCCGAUUAGGCCAUUUUGCCUAGCGGACCUCUCCCGCCUCGGGUUUUCUCGGCUCAGCUCCCUUGGGGUGUGGAGACAGGGACCGUCGUGAACUCAAUCCACCUCGGAGGUGUGGACUCCGCAGAUGACAAAGAGGGCCGAAUAGAAAUGGAGGAGAUAGAGGACCAGUUGCAGGUGAGCUGCAAAAACGAAGAGCUCUACUUGCUAACCCAUCCUGCGGCUGACUGGGAAAAUCUAAAAAACAGGACAGUCAUGACCCCCAAAAUCACGGAUUUCAGCUUCAUGGUCAAGUGUUCCGACAAGUUAUUGCAAGUGCACUCACGAAUGUGUCAGAACUGCAUCGAGGUGGACCCGGUCACGCUGAUAGGGAUCAUCAUGGGCGACAUCCUGGCCACCGGGCUACUGGCCCUCGGAGUCUUCUGCAUGGCCCGACACGAAGGGCGACCACUGUCUAGCGCUUCCGACCAGAGGAGUCUGAUGGCCAAUGACCAGCUCUAUCAGCCUCUCCGAGACCGGGACGACGGCCAGUACAGCCACAUCGGAGGCAACCGGCCCCGGAAGAAGUGAAAGCUCCAACUUGGGUCCUCCGUCUCUCCCCUCCCUCUGUGAUCAAUAAAGUCUCUCCUGCUCUUGCCCCAGGCUCAGGUCCAGGCUCUGCCUGGUUGCAGAGACAGAAUUCUGGGGUUGGGCUGGAUUUCUUGCUUCCGCCAA